AUGUCAGAAGUUUACUCUCUAGAGCCACCUUUUCGUGGAAGGAUCAUUUUAAAUACCACGGAAGGUGAAUUGGACGUCCAUUUGUGGAGUACGCAGUGUCCAAAGGCCGUUCGUAACUUCACUCAGCUCUGUCUGGAAGGAUUUUACAACAAUUGUAUCUUUCAUCGAGUUAUUCCGCAGUUUCUAGUUCAGACUGGCGAUCCUACCGGGACUGGCAAUGGCGGCGAAUCGAUAUACGGAGAACCAUUUGAGAAUGAGAUCUUGUCUAGGCUCAAGUUUAGAUACAGAGGGCUGGUCGGUAUGGCCAACACCGGAGGGAAGCGCACGAACAAGAGCCAAUUCUUCAUAACCUUGGAUAGGGCCGACUGUUUGAAUGGCAAGUAUACGCUUUUUGGAAAGGUUGAGGGCCAUACUGUUUAUAACUUGAUGAAGAUUGGGGAAUGUCAAGUUGAUAAAGCCACAGAUCGCCCAUUGGAUCCUCCCAGAAUCAUCAACGCAGUGGUUGUUGAUAAUCCGUUCCCUGACAUUGUCCCAAGGUUGUUGGUGGCUAAAUCUGAGGAAGAUGACGAAGUUUUAGAGACUAGUGCGCCAGUUAUUAUAAAGAAAAAAUGCCUCUUGUCCUUUAAUGAAGAUUUGAGUGAUGAUGAAGUUGUUAAUUCCAAAGUAAAAAGUGCCCAUGACCUUCUUGAAGAUCCUGCAUUCUCCAAGUCUAGCCACGUAGCUCCAGAGAGUGCUAGUGCCCCUGUUGCCUCCUCUCCAGAGGAGCCAGAAUCUGAUAGAGAGGAGGAAGAAGAGGUUGUAGAGGAAGAGACUAUUGAUGAGUCUGCCAAGAGACGUCAAGAAAUUGAGGAGCUAGAAAGGCAGCUGCGAAAAGGCUCAGAAAAGGAGAAAAAGAGCCUAGAUGGCUACUCCAAGACAUACUUGACUAGGAGACAAAUGAAAAAGCAAAAGAAGGAAAAUAUAAUGGAUCGCCUCGCCUCGUUUACAAAGAGGCUGAGUGAACUCUCAAAGAAUGAAAAGUUGGCAAACAAGGAUUCGGAGGACACUGAUCAAGAUUUGGCUGAUGGAUCCUGGUUCGCUGGUAAAAAGUUACAGUUUGCUGUGGAUUCAGUCCGGGCUUACGAGGUUGACGCUGCCAGAGACACAUUGGAGGUGUUUGAUCCAAUAAAGGGCAAGGACAACAGGCUGGAGUUUAUCGCAAAUUUGAAAAAGAAUGUGAGUUUAAGGUGCUGGAACUCUUUUAAAUGA